UACAGAACCAAUGUACAGUUGUUGCCCGGAGUCUUGUCGUUGCCCUUUGGACGCCAGCAAAAUCGCUUUCGUCGAAUUUUCAUAGCUUCCUUCCCCUCUUGAUCAUUUUUUUCUCUAUAAAGCCCGAGUGAGAGUUGCCUCUCAUUUUUAUUUGUCAACCUUUUAAAUUCCACACAUACAAGUUAAUUUCAUUGAGAGAAAAAAAGGCUUUAUUGUUCAAUGGCAUCUUCUGUAGAAAACCAGUUUCAUGGCAACAAUAAUGCAGAGCAAGACCAAGAAAGCUUCUCAUAUGCCAUGCAGAUUGUCAGCUCUUCUGCGCUAUCCAUGUCUUUGUAUGCAGCAAUUCAACUGGAACUCCUUGAGAUCAUAGCCAAAGCUGGUCCAAAAGCCAAGCUGUCCCCAAAAGAGAUAGCAGCGCAAUUACCUUGCAAGAAUCCAGAGGCGCCGUCGAUGCUGGACCGCAUACUUAGAGUUUUGGCCAGCCAUGGUAUUGUUAGUUGCUCUGUGGUAGAUGAACAGAGUAACAAUCCCCAAAGGUUCUAUGGUUUGACGCCUGUGUCCAAAUUCUUUGUUCCAAACGAAGAUGGUGUUUCAUUUGGCCCCUUGAUGGCCUUGAAUCAGGACAGGGUCUCCCUUGAUAGUUGGUACCAGCUGAAGGAUGCAGUUCUUGAAGGAGGAGUUCCAUUUGACAGGGCCCAUGAAACACACGUAUUUGAAUACCUUGGCAAGGACCCUAGGCUCAAUCAAGUUUUUAAUACUGCAAUGAUCAAUCACACGACUAUAAUCGUGAAGAAGAUCCUGGAGACCUACAAGGGUUUUGAGCAGCUCAACCGACUGGUUGAUGUUGCCGGUGGUCUAGGAGUCACUCUCAGCCUCAUCACUUCCAAGUGCCCCUUCAUUAAGGGAAUUAAUUUUGACUUGCCUCAUGUUAUACAACAUGCCCCGACCUAUCCUGGCGUUGAACAUGUAGGGGGAGAUAUGUUCGAAAGUAUUCCUAAAGGCGAUGCCAUUUUCAUGAAGGGGGUACUUCAUAAUUGGAGCGAUGAACAAUGUUUGAAGCUGUUGAAGAAUUGUUACAAUGCCAUCCCUGAUGAUGGAAAAGUUAUAGUGGUUGAUACCGUCCUCCCAAUUUUACCCGAGACCAAUGCUUUUGGGAGAAGCACUUCGCAGAUGGAUAUCCUUAUGAUGACUCAGCUUCCAAGAGGGAAGGAACGAAACAAGCUAGAAUUAGAAGCCUUGGCAACUAAUGCUGGAUUCAGGGGCAUCAAAUACGAAUGUUUUGUUUAUAACGUCUGGGUAAUGGAGUUCUUCAAGUAGAUGGACCCUUAUAUGAUUGGUAAACUAAGCACUUCUCCCCCAGUUGCUUAGUUUCCAAUCUUCUUCAAGCUAGCAAGAGGAGGGAAAAGAAUAAAGGAGAAUGGUUAUAUUGCAAAAACCAUACUGUUGAAGAAUAAAGGCAGUUCAUCAAGAUGUUUGAAUAGCUGCUUGUCUGGUUGGUUAGUUAAACGACAGUCUUUGAGUCAUUUUGAUGAUACUAAAAGUGUGUAACUAAACGAUCAGCUUAUGUGUCGUUUUGCAUACAAGCUGAAACGUUUUAAUAUUUGUCGUUUUAAGUGGUCUUCUUCAAGUGUCUGUUGUAUUAGCUAUUGUUAGUUUUCUGUUUACUAUGAUUGUUUGUUAACUUUCAGUUCUUUUACAAAAUCCGACUUUCGUGGGUUAGUUAAUCUGUUGUAACUGAGUUGUAGCUGAGUAUAGAAUAAAAAAAAUAAGUUUUUU